UUUUCAACAGAGCCAUGGGUCAGUUAUUCUCUAAUACAUCUAAGGAUGAAGACAGUGGAGAUUUUGAGUCCAGCUUCACUAAAUAUUUUGAGAAUAUUCAGACAGAAAACAAAAUCAUUUCUCAGGAAACCAUCCAUUUAAUAGAAUUACAUCUGAAAAGAGGAAACAUUCAGGGGGCACAAUCUGUAAUCAGAGAUGCAUUAAAAAAUAUUGAUAACACCCCAAUCAACAUUGCUGUGACAGGAGAGUCUGGAGCAGGGAAGUCCAGCUUCAUCAAUGCCCUGAGGGGGGUUGGACAAGAAGAGGAAGGUGCAGCUGAAGUUGGGGUAGUAGAGACAACUAAGUGGAGAACGCCAUACAAACACCCCAAAAUUAAAACUUUGACUUUAUGGGACCUGCCUGGCAUUGGAACUGUGAACUUUCCACCAAAAGAUUAUUUGGAGAAAGUGAAACUCCAAGAGUAUGACUUCUUCAUUAUUGUUUCUGCCACAUGUUUUACAAAACUUGAACUAGACCUUGCCAAAGCAAUCAGAUUCAUGAAAAAGAAUUACUACUUCGUGAGAACCAAGGUGGACAUUGAUUUAAACAAUGAAAAGGAAUCCAAACCACGGACCUUUGACAGAGAAAAGAUCCUACAGCAGAUCAGAAGCUACUAUGUUAAUAGCUUUCAUCAGAAUAACAUGGAAGCACCAGAGAUUUUCUUGAUUUCUAACAGCCAUUUAUCUGACUAUGAUUUUCCAGCUCUGAUGGACACCCUGAUAAAGGAUCUUCCUGCUGAAAAGCGCCACAAUUUUAUGCUUUUCUUGCCUAAUAUCACGGAGGCAGCCAUUGACAGAAAGCGCAAGACUAUGCAGCAGACGAUCUGGUUGGAAGCCUUCAAGGCUCUACUACUUUUGAAUACUCCUGUAAUGGAGUAUUCCUUGAGGAAUAAUAUGAACAAUCUGAAGGCAAGUUUAAACCACUAUCGCUACCUCUUUGGAGUGGAUGAUGCAUCCCUGAAAGCCAUUGCUAAGGAUUCCCAAGUGCCUGUUGAACAACUGAAAGAAAUCAUUAAAUCUCCUUAUUUGUUGAGAAACAGAGGAGUCCUUUUCAAAGAUGUGGAGAAACUGGCCUUAUCUAAGAAUGAGUUCCUUGCCACAGGUUUUUUCUUUGGGAAAAUCUUUUACUUUCAACUUCUUUUCCUUGACACGGUGACUGAAGAUGCCAAAGUUCUCCUUCGAGAGACAUAUUUAAGAAAUUAAUUCAACUCAACUCACCCACAACUACUGACCAUGACAGCAUCAAAAGGUUAAUACUGGGUGAUCAUCAGAUAAAUUUCCCCUCCUGACAUCUUUUCUUUACACUGCCAAUCCACUAUCACUGGGAAAGUCCUAAAGAUAAGGGUCAUGGGGCUUACUCUGUCAGAACCUGACAAUCCCCAAUCUGUCUUCAACUCCUUAUAUUUUCCCCAACACCUUCCUCCCUGUAUUUCAAUUCAACAUGGGUACUUGAAUACACACAUACACACACACACACA